AUGCAAAGCGAAAUACAACACAUUCCGAAUUUGAUUAUUAUGCUGACUUCGGAGGCAGACUCAAUCAAAAUGGAAUCAGGUCGAGACGACGGGUCUGAUUCGGACGUGGAGAUUACACAUGAGUCGAGAACAGGGCCUCGUCGUACCAGGAUUGUCAUGGAUAAACCACAAGUCGAUGGACUUGUUGAAGAGCCGAUGGAAAUGCAGCUCCGGAAAUCGGUAGCUUUAACGCUUGAUGCACAGAAUAUGCCCAUGACUCCCGGAUUUCUCGACCAGAUAACCGAACUCGCAAGUGAAUACUUUCACAACAUCAUUGUAGCACUUCAGAAAUUUACCGAACUUCAACGAAGACGUCGUCCUUCACUCACAGAUGUUCAGCUUUGCUUUUCUACCCUCGGAAUCAAUCACAAUGCCGUUUUGCGACUACAUGAGCUGAUUACAGCCAAAAUGACACCCCAGCAACAUACAUAUGCCCGGAAAAUUGCCGAGCAGAGUAAUACCAUACGCACCGAAUCUCAAGAUUUCACCAUCGAACCAAAAGACCCAUCGUAUCCAUUUAUUGCCAAUGAAAAGUAUGAGAUCACAGCAGUAGUACCCCAGCACCACGCAAGACCCGAAUACGUUCCUGGACACAUGCCUAUGCUUCCCCCAGAUUAUACCUAUCAUCGAACACCGGAGUAUAUGCCUACCAUCAGCGACUUGAAGACAGUAAGAACCAAGCUUGUAGAGGAGUCGAGGAUGACAGAAAAGUGGCUAUACGUGUUAAUGAAAGACAACGAAAAGUAUAAAGUCGACAACAACGAGAUAGAUGUGGAGAUGGAUAGAAUCAGCAAAGAAGAAAAUGAAGAUACCCGCAAGGGAGAAUGGAACGGAAGUGAUGAUUCUGAUAGCGAUGGAACCAACCACAAUGGCGAGGUUAAAAGUCCCGAGACGAAAGAAGGGCAAGAGAAUGGAGAGAAGGAAACCCCUAUUCCUCAUUCUACUUCUAAUCCUAAAUUUUUCGACAUAAUGGCCUAUGCUCGUAAACGGAUAACAUCCUUAGAGCGUCGUACACAGAACCUCGAACAAAAAAGAAAACGCCGUCAUGAUAAUAUCUUCAUACAAGCGGAAACUGUUUAUUCUCCAUAUGCCACAAAGAAACCUACUAAAGAAGUGGCCAAAAAAUUUGACGAUGCGUUGGAGGCCGCCUUCCUGUCUGUGCUUAUACUGGUUAAAGAAGGUGAAAAGGAAAAGAGACGGAAACUUGCUGCUAUUGAGGAAGACAAAAAGAGACGUCAAGAGGAACGUGAGUUGCAAGCAGACACUCUUGAGUUUGGAGCUUUGGGCAAUAUUGCUCAUUCUGACGAUUCAGACGAGGAAGAUGAAGGGUUUCCUGAAUUUGAUUUUCCUGAUAAUCCUGACCAAGCCACAAAUAACUGGGAAGCAUCCCAGCCAGAAACAACGACUCAAGAGAUGGCUGAACAGCGUCCAACAUUGGCUAAAAAAGGUUUACCUUCCAACGAUCAUCCUGUGGAAGAAACAAAUGAUAGUGAUGAAGAUCUUGAGGCUGACCUCGAGGAUGCUCUUGGGGAUCUUGGAGCCAUGACAUAA